UUACGGAAUAAGGCGGAUUAAUUGCCACACAGACCCGGCAGCCGCCCGCCGCCAGUUCCCAUGGCAAUAAGCCGCGGCAUUGGUGGAUGCGCCGCUACUUCCGCUGACGUCGCCAGGGACACGUGGAUCCAAGAUGGCGGCGGCUGCGGUAAGGAGUUUGUGGCUGCUACUAAGCCUCUCCCUCUUUUAUGGAAUUGGCGCAUUUUAUGUGCCAGGAGUAGCACCAAUAAAUUUUCGGCAAGAUGACCCUGUAGACUUAAAGGCUGUGAAGCUGACAAGCUCUCGGACUCAGCUGCCCUAUGAAUACUACUCCCUUCCAUUCUGCCGGCCUCCUCAGGUCACUUACAAGGCAGAAAAUCUGGGUGAGGUGCUGCGAGGGGAUCGGAUUGUUAACACUCCUUUCAAGGUGUUAAUGAACAGUAAUAAGAAAUGUGAGAUUUUGUGCAAGAAUCCUAGUGAUCCAGUGGUGCUUAAAGUGGAGGAGAGCAAAUUGAUUGCAGAACGUAUACAAGAGGAUUAUUAUGUCCAUUUAAUAGCAGAUAACUUACCCGUGGCCACCAGGCUAGAUGUGCAUCUUGUCCAUGAGGAGGAGGAGAAGAAGAAGGAGCGAGAUGUUCAGUUUGAGCAUGGCUAUAGAUUGGGGUUCACAGACAACAAUAAGUUUUAUCUACACAAUCACCUUUCCUUCUACUUGUACUUUCAUCGGGAAGAGGUGGAAGAAAACCAGGAACCCACAUUUAGGGUUGUGAGAUUCGAGGUUGUCCCCCAAAGCAUUAGAAUGGAAGAUCUGAAGGGGACUAAGGAAGGCGGCUGCACUGUCCCAGAGAGCUCCAAUUCGGCACCCCAGGAAAUUAUCCCGACAAAGGAAAAUAAGCUGCUGUUCACGUAUUCUGUGCAUUGGCAGGAGAGUGACAUUAAAUGGGCAUCUCGAUGGGACACCUACCUUACCAUGAGUGAUGUACAGAUCCACUGGUUCUCAAUCAUCAAUUCUGUGGUGGUGGUUUUCUUCCUGUCAGGUAUUCUGAGCAUGAUAAUAAUCAGGACAUUGAGAAAGGAUAUUGCAAACUACAACAAAGAAGAUGAUAUUGAAGAUACAAUGGAGGAAUCUGGUUGGAAGCUGGUCCAUGGGGAUGUGUUCCGACCUCCCCAGUAUCCUAUGAUACUAAGUUCCCUGCUGGGCUCCGGAAUUCAGCUCUUUUGCAUGAUCCUGAUUGUGAUCUUUGUGGCCAUGCUUGGAAUGCUGUCUCCAUCGAGCAGAGGAGCCCUUAUGACCACAGCAUGCUUCCUCUUUAUGUUCAUGGGGGUCUUUGGCGGCUUCUUCGCAGGUCGCUUGUAUCGCACUCUGAAGGGCCAUAGGUGGCGCAAAGGAGCAUUCUGUACAGCAACUCUUUAUCCUGGCGUGGUGUUUGGGAUCUGCUUCGUGUUGAAUUGCUUCAUCUGGGGAAAACAUUCCUCUGGCGCGGUUCCCUUCCCCACUAUGCUGGCAUUACUGUGUAUGUGGUUUGGAAUCUCGCUCCCACUCGUUUACCUUGGUUAUUACUUUGGCUUCCGCAAGCAGCCUUAUGAUAACCCUGUCAGAACCAACCAGAUCCCACGGCAAAUUCCAGAGCAGCGUUGGUAUAUGAAGAGAUUUGUUGGGAUCUUGAUGGCUGGAAUAUUGCCGUUUGGAGCUAUGUUCAUUGAACUUUUCUUCAUCUUCAGUGCUAUUUGGGAGAACCAGUUCUAUUACCUGUUUGGCUUUUUAUUCCUGGUGUUCAUCAUCCUUGUGGUAUCGUGUUCCCAGAUCAGCAUUGUCAUGGUGUAUUUCCAGUUGUGUGCAGAGGAUUACCGCUGGUGGUGGCGGACGUUUCUGGUGUCCGGAGGAUCUGCUUUCUAUGUGCUGGUUUAUGCCAUAUUCUACUUUGUAAACAAGCUGGAUAUUGUAGAGUUCAUCCCAUCUCUCUUGUACUUCGGUUACACCACACUCAUGGUUCUCUCCUUCUGGCUCCUUACUGGGACAAUCGGCUUCUACGCUGCCUACAUGUUUAUAAGGAAGAUCUAUGCAGCAGUGAAAAUAGACUGAUCCUGAGGUUCUACUCGGUAUACCCAGCACAAGGCAGUGCCGGACUCCUCCACCAAGACUCCACCAUCAGGGAACAGUAACCAAUAAAACAAUCAUCCUCAUCCAGAAUGUAAUGUUUGGUACAGUGUCCUUGGACGGGGCGAGGAGUUAUAUCUAACUGCAUUUUAACCUUUGGUAUUCCCAUUUCUCAGUGCGGGUUUUUACUUUUUAGCCAAAAUCAUUCCCGUCUUUAUCAUUGUAUCACUCAUUUCUUUUCUUUUUUUUAAAUUAUUGUGUGUUCAAAAAUCAAAGGGGAUGAUUUAAAAGGUGUUGUAUCUGGGGGGGGUGGAUAAACUUUCAUUUUGGUUGGCUGGGAGCCUGUAAUGGAGGAGCAAACUGGAAUGACAAUACCACAGACUGUCCAAAGGCACCAAACUCACCAUUAAGAACCUAUUUCACAUGCGCGGAGGAGAGGCAUCUACAAUUUUGUAUCUGCAUGUGUCACCACGCCAGGCGUCAUAAGGGUGAUUAUUGGUCUGUCUUUGUGGUAUACUUAAGCACUGCUCUGGAAUGCCAAGAAGUAUUGGCAUUAGUAGCUCCCUGAUGGAGAAAAACUAUUUGCCAAGGACUGUGAAUGGAAACAAAAAAUAAAAUAAAAAAAGGUAUGUUUGUGGGGGAGGCUGGCACCAAAAUGUUUUGCUAUUGAUGACCAUUAACGGUCAAGUCUAUGGCUAAAGAAGGAACUGUUAUGAAUGGUUUCAUAAUGCAAGUACUGGUUUGUGCCACAAAGUCUUUUAAAAAGGGGGAUUUCCAAUCUGUUUUUUUUCUUCCUUUGACUGGUGGGGGCAAACCAACAUAUUCAGCACCACAUAACCUGACUUAAGGUGGACCUGUCCUACACAGCCAAGGCUGCAGUUCUAUGGGCUGCCAGUUCACCAGGAACUAGUGAUAUCACUGAGACAAUGAGGCACAGACUACUUAACUGAUGUCACUAGUCCACAAAUGGUUGCCUCACUGGUAUGUACAGUAUGUGACAGGCCCACCUUAAAUUAUUUUCCAGUUUUUAAAUGACUAUUAAAUUGUUUUGUUUCUUUUUUUUGUUUAACUGUACUCCCAUCUUUGUCCUUUUUGUAAAUAAAUGCCCCUUCAGGUGUUCAA